AUGGGUAAGACACCUUAUUCUACCACAUUGGAGCUGUAUAUUAACCGGGGGCAGGUUAUUCUGAGAUACAUUGCUAUUUCUGUGGGGUUGGGGUCCCGUGGGCUCGCCUUGGGGCGAAGGCUCGAAGUUGAUACAUAUUGGAGGAAUGGCACACUCCAUGGUUGCAGUCUGCUUGUGCUUGCUGGAUGCCCGAAGGAAGAGGAUAACCCGGUUUAUGACCCAAACUAUGUCUUCGAAGAGGAUGAGACAUACGAACCAUAUGAGUACGACUCAGAUUAUGAAUCCGCCAACGACAUGGAGCUCGAUGAAACGCCGGUUCAAGAUCAUGACCCAGAGGUCCAGUGGUAUAAGGAUUGGCUAGCUACAUUUCACACUCAGGAGAAGAUGAAAGGAGAGCCUUGGUGGAUCCAUAUGCCUGGUGGAUACGAUGAUGAAGACCUAGUCCAUAUUCCUGGUGUCGCCUGCCCCAGUGAGGUGACAUAUAGUGGACAAAACAUCUCCGUAGAGGAAAUGAGAGGUAGCCGAACCGCACAAAGCCUAAUUCAUAAAUGCGUCUCUGGAAAUUGGGCGCCGGAUGGCCUUGAACAAGACUGGGAACUUACAGAAGACUAUUUUCUCUCUGGACUCUCUGAUGGGACGUCAUCGCGGGAUGAGCAUCCAAGGAGCGUAUUCCCAGCACGAGGCAGCGUUGGCCAACCGAACUCAGAUAAUAUUAUUCCUAACAUGGUAAUUAUUAGCUACCUCGGAUCUAGCGACAUUGCAAACCUAAGGCUGGCUUCAAGAGCAUUCCGUCAACUCCCAAUCUCUCUUUGGUAUCGUCUUAUUCGUGAGGAGAUGCCCUGGCUGUGGGAAGCAUGGGGUGAAAGUGAAACGACCCAUACAUCUUCAUUCUGGACUGCCGUUACCGCCAAUGAGAUGCGGGUAUUAUGCAACAUAAGGAGUCGAUAUUUGGAUGUCCUCGGAAAUGACUAUCCAGAGCUAGACCAAGGAGCCAUUAAUUCUAUGCUUCCUUGGCCGCCAACCGUAUCGCAGCAGGUGCAAAUGAAACUUCCCAGAAGAAACACUAACUGGUAUGAGGUGUACUUGGAGAUCAAGCGGAACUGGAGGUGCACCCCUACCAAGGGUUCUUCCGGCGUCCUUGUCGACCUCUGCUUCGACCCCAUGGAUACCCGCCAAGACAAUAUGCAGGAAGAUGAAACGCCCGUUGAUUUUGCACCAACUGGUUCACGACAUCCUACGCUUGAGGGCUUUCCGCAGGAAGAUUUAAGCAAAGAUGGCUGUGUGGGGUUUGGUGAUGCUGUUUCCUAUAUUAACAAAAUCAAGGUGAGCAUUUAUCCUGGAUUCCUGGCCCUCUACAUGCAUGCGCUAAUGUUCAACAAGGAUCAUUUUGCUGAUACUCCUGAUAUUUACAAAGAGUUUUUUCUAAUCUUGCUGGCGUACAAACACGGAUCGCUGCCUCCACGGGACCUGUACGAGCAAGACGCCGAACCUUUUGCAACGGAAUCAGAUCUAGUAGAUGAUUUCAAAAAAUUCCUGCCCGAGGCCACCCCCUACGACUCAUGA